AUGUCGAGAAGGUGGCCAUCGGCAAGGGCGAGGAGCUCGAGAUUUGCCGAGCAUCAGCCGUACUUUGCGGAAGAGGAGCUGCUGGACCGGAAGGUCGUCGUGUUGUGCAAUGUCAAGAUGGUCAAGGUCAUGCGCUUGCGCUCGACGGGCCGGAUUCUGCAAGUGACUGAUGACAAGGGCAAGGUGGAGCUGCUCUGUCCUAGUCCAGAGGCUGAAGUGGGUGAGCGCGUGUACGCGAGCGGGGAGGAGAUGCAGGAGCCCGUGACUGCGAUUCAGAUGAAGAAGAACAAAGUGUGGGAGACGGUGUGCAAGGACAUUAAGACAAACAACAAGUGCGAGGUCAUGUACCGAGACCGGUUCGUGGUGCGCUCUCGCACGGGUCCCGUCUGGGCCGAGUCACUCAAGAAGGUGCUCGUUACCAAGUAG